CCGACAGCGGCGGGGUUCCCUGUUUUGCCCCCUCCAGACCUCGUGCGGACCUUUGCCGCACCUCGGACGAGGAGGCCGCGCCUUGCGGUUGGUCCGCUGGCAGAGGGACCGGGUGUAGCUGCUGCCGCCGCCGCUGCUCUGCGCCCCCGUCCUCUCCCCUCCCUCGCGCGAGUUCGCCGGGCCGGCUGUGACCCUGCGGCCUCUGACCCAGGAUCUCAAGAUGGCUGGGCGGAAACUUGCUCUAAAAGCCAUUGACUGGGUAGUUUUUGGGGAGAUCAUACCCCGAAACCAGAAGGCCAUUGCUAACUCCCUGAAAUCCUGGAAUGAGAUACUUAGCUCCAGGUUGGCUACUCUCCCUGAGAAACCACCUGCUAUCGACUGGGCUUACUACAAGGCCAAUGUGGCGAAGGCUGGCUUGGUAGAUGACUUUGAGAAGAAGUUUAAUGCCCUGAAGGUUCCUGUGCCAGAGGAUAAAUACACUGUUCAGGUGGAUGCUGAAGAGAAAGAAGACGUGAAAAGUUGUGCUGAGUUUUUGUCCCUCUCAAAGGCCAGGAUUGAGGAAUAUGAAAAAGAGCUGGAGAAGAUGAGGAACAUAAUUCCGUUUGAUCAGAUGACCAUUGAGGACCUGAAUGAAGUCUUCCCAGAAACCAAAUUAGACAAGAAGAAGUAUCCCUAUUGGCCUCACAAGCCAAUCGAAAAUUUAUAAACUUGAGUUGGGGAGAAAGCUCUGGCCCUUGUAUUAUAAACGCUGGACAUUAAAAAUAAUGACAAUGGU